GUAUUUAUUCAAAAAAUAUCGUUGUGAGCAGGUUGUUUGGAGACGAGCCAACGAAAACAACGCCGCUGAAUUGUGUUCUUAUCACCAACUGCUAAAGCCCGUGUUAAUCCUUCACCUGAAUAUCGUGCUUUGUCUGUCUGAAAAAAGGCAAGUCUUUUGGAAACACGUUAUUUUAGACAUCACGAUAGAGCGGUUGCUUGUGUAAUUUGGCAUGGUACAUGUCUUGGAAAUAAAUUCGCAAUAAAUUAUUAAUUACAAAUACAAGUUAACUGCGUCGUGUUAGAAGGGCUUCAACUGUGGGAUUGUGGAGGGAGUUACUCAGAGAGUUGAGCCUUUUCAAAAAUUUCAGCUAAAUGUAAGGACAAACGCAAUAGUUGACGCGAAGAAAAAUUUUCUAGGCCGAUUUCAAUCCAGCCUUUAUACUGAGCAUUUAUUAGUUUUCGCAAACUUUGAAUUUUGAUGCUUCAUGCCUAUUGAUGCAAUAAUCUAAUUAGAAAUGGCACUACGGCUUCAUCAAACACGAAUCCUGGACGAUGAAUCACACGGCUUUACUUUUAUUCUCGAGGAAUUCUCAGAUGUCGGAGAGAGUGUGUUCUCCAAGCCUUUUUUCUUCUCUGGGCAUCGUUGGCGUCUCCAAAGCGGCAUUAAAGGAGGCCAACUCGGAGUGUAUCUGAGAUGGCUCGGUGGCGGGGAUUUCACGCAGAAGACAAAGUGCAAGAUUGGUAUCAUGGUGGAUGUGUUGAACAACAGGGACCCUGCGAACUCCAUCCAUGUGGGCGAUAUAGAAGAGGUAGACGAGUUCCCUCGAUCGUCAUUUGGUAUCGGCUGGAGUAAAGUCAUGCCUGUGGAAGACAUCGAGAAACCGAACUCAGGCUUCCUUGACGAUGACUGUUUACUUAUUGAAGUCAAAUGCAAAAUAAUUUACACGGAAUUUGAGGAUAAGAUGGUGGUGAAUUUGACACCCGGGACCGACAUUACUACGAGUUCAAAGUUCUCUUUAUUUGGUACCGAGUGGUCACUCGUGAUGUACCCAAGAGGAGACAGAAGGGAUGAAAGUAAAGGCAGCAAGCACGAGUACUGUUCUAUCUACCUAAAACAAGAAAAUCCAAGCACUUUACGAUUCAAAGUAGUCUACACCAUCUUCAUCCGUCAAGGGAAAGAGGUGACUCUAACGCACAACUUUCACGAAGCCAAGUCCUCAGCUGUGUUUGGGGUAGAAAAGUUCAUGCGGACUCGCGACGUCAAGUCUCUUGCCAAGGGAGGCACCGUGCCUGUUGGCGUAAGAAUUAAUCUCAUCGAGCCGUACUUCUAUCUUGGCUUUGACACCAAAGAAUGGAGCCCUCCUCACAAUCUCGGCUCAUCCAUUGUGCUGAGUGACUACACAAAAAGCCCACUUGCAUUCAAAGCGCAGUCCCUAGGCGAGAAGAGACUAGGGUUUAAGUUGCAGUUCGACCCGGGUCCUGAGUGUUAUCACACGGAGCUGGAUGAGAGUGCUUACUAUGUGAAGAUUGUGUGGAGUGUGAUGGUGUUCUGCUACUUGGACCACGAGAAGAGUGUGGCCGCCCACUCAUGGGACAGCCCGGGCUCCAGUGCCUUCUGCUACAGUCGAGACGAGAUGGUCAUCGACUCUCAUCUACUUCUGAGCGAGGCCGUCAAUCCAUACAGCCCAUUCCUGGAUGAGGAGAAGUUAUUAAGCGUCAAACUGAUCAUACAUAACAAUAACGAAUUGUACGACCCGAUGCUCGUUGACGGUGAUAAGCACAGCAUUACGAAGUUACGAGAGGUGAAUGCUCAAGCCAAAUCCGUCACGGAAAAAUACUGGGCCGAUCAACUGAACAUGGUUUGCCAUGAAAAGGAUAAUAUCAUCGCUGAAAAGGAAGAGGAGAUCUAUUUGAAGGAGAAGGAGCUCGAAGAUAAGGAAUCAGCGAUACACACAUUGGAAGAGGAAAUCAAAGAAAACAAGGACUACAUUAAUGAUUUCGUGGACGGCAAAGAUGAGGAGAAUUCGGAGAAGACACCCGCCAGUGUAAAGGAGCUCGCCAAGGGCACAACACCAUGCGAGGAGGACGUGAAGAAACAAAUGGAGAUCGCAGAAAAGAUCAAACACUAUCUUACGGAGAACCUGCCAUUCACAGUACAUCACAUCUCCCUCGUCGGUCCUGCGGUGGACGGAACUUCACUCAACGGCGCAAAACAGGCGCAGCUUGCUGUCUUUAUUCAAGACUUGCCCCGCACACAGCACAAGAGUUGGCUGCCAGCGAUCCUCUACACCACUAAGACGCUGCUCAAGCAACAAGCAGCAAUAGGCGAUGGGGAGGAGGGGGAGGGGGGGGAGGGUGCACUGCCAUGCUGCUCAGACUUCACCGAGACCCCCCUGGCUGUCAAGUUCAAGUGCGAUGACGUCGACGUGACAGUUUUACCCACCAAUGACUGGGAACCUUACGACGGAUAUCACGGACUAUACCAAAUGGCCAUGCAGCAAACACAGGAAGACCAGCCAUACUACAUCACCGCUGCUUGCGAGAGACAAACGGAGUUCGUUGCUGGACAGCCUGAAAAGUGCAAAGAGCUUAUCCGAGUAGUAAAGGCGUGGUGUGAAGGAGUGCAAUGGCGUAACACCGGAUCGAAGCCUGGCGAGUACCUCCUGUCGCUACUCGUCAUCGCCGCGUAUCAGAUCAUUCACAGUGAUCCUCAGACCGACGUAACUGAUAAGGACGUGUUUACCGAGUUCGCCGAGUUGGUCAACGAUGAGAGCUUAGAGAUUUUCUGGAACGAGUACUACUUCACAGAUAAUUAUCCAAGGGAGUUGUUCCAGGAGCCUUUCACACUACCUAUAGUCCAGGACCCUGCGAUCCCUCCGCACAACGUGGCCGUGACAGAGCUGAAGGACUGGGGGCAAUUCAGGAAAGAAGUCGUUAAAUGGUUAGAAAAAAUGCCAGGCGGAGGCGGAGAGUAGGUGGAAUACUUGAUAAUCAUAUAAAGUAGCAAUAGAGAAAAAACUAUUUGAUCUUCGUCGACAGUUUUGGAAAAAUGUGGUGUUUAAACACAGGUAGCCCAAGGCUACUAUCAGUGGUUUAUAAAGCCAACGGAAUGUAUGGGGGAAUUUAUAUGUUAGCGAAAAAAUACUUUAUCGUGAAAAAUAAAACUUUAGACCAUGUAAUAUUGUGUUUGAGUCUCCCUUUAUUUUAUUUUUGCCGAUAGAAUGUCAGUAGAGCGAGUUUGAAGCCCGCCAAGAAUUGUGUUUCUCUCUCUGUAUAAAAAUAUAAAAAUAGGAAAGGCUGGGGACUCCAUCGGUUAACGGCCACCACAAAACUACUUCGAGGACCGAUAAAACUCGCAAAACUCAACCAGCCGCCAAUCCAGCACAAAAACACUUUGAAAAUAUACCUUAGCUUUCAAUUGAACCGAGUCUCAUAUCACCGAUUUGUGAAUUUCACUCACAUUUUUUACUCUUUUUACCGUCGACUAUCGAAUUCACCAUCUCGCUCUACUGACAUUCUAUCGCCAAAAUUGAAAUAAAGGAAGACUCAAACACAAUAUUACAUGGUCUAAAGUUUUAUUUUUCACGAUAAAGUAUUUUUUUCGCUAUCAUAUAAAUUCCCCCAUACAUUCCGUUGGCUUUAUAAACCACUGACAGUAGCCUUGGGCUACCUGUGGUUUAAAAGAAAAAAAGUCGACACAAUGCAGAGUUGUCGACUUUGAUCCUUGCAAUCUUGACGUGACAACAAGGGACAAAAGAAGUGAGUUGAGAGACGUGAGCUGAGAAAGUCUACUAAGUGAAUAUUGACUAAAGGAAUUUAAAGACAUAUACUGGCUUACUGGCUCUUCCUGCAUAUAUUCUGCACCGUUCCUUGCUAGGGCAAGGCAAGGAAUGGGGAUGAAAAAAGGCUCAUAUGCCAGUGACUUGAUAGCAGCGAACGUUUCCUGUCAGAUAACAUUUUUACAUUAAUAGGUAAUAUACACAAAUGUUUUCUUUGUUUUACAAGUGCUCAACAAGUAGCAGUACUUUAACUUGACAAAAGAUUUAUCAAGGAAACAAUCACAACAUAUGUCCCAGCCAGUGGUAUCUUUAUUUAGAAGAUUGUUGGCUAUUUACAAUCUCAACACGCACGUUCAACACGCGAUUAAGUUUUCGCCAGGAAAACGAAGACGGUUUCGUCAGUAUGAAUAUGUAGAGAUGCAUACUAGAAAUUUCGAAUUUACAUUUCGAAGUAACAUUUUUUUUUAUACAUACAUAGACACCUAAACACACAUGAUAUUUAAAUCAAGCCGUCUAUAUUAAACAUAUUAAUCAGUCAACACAGCAGCGGAUUCUACGCCACCCAUAGGACUAAAGUCGUGUUAUCUUAAACACGUGACUAAAGUCGUGUUAUGUUAAACACGUGACACAAGUCGUGUUAUGUUAAUUAAACACGUGGCACUCGUCUCACCUCAUCCCCAGGCUUCUCGCGGCCAGCUCUAGUAUUAAGAAUUCAAAAUGUGAAUUAAGCCAAAAAUGGCCGCGCACCCUUGAAGCGCUUGGGGAUGAGGCUAGCACUCGUCAAGGUGUAAAGAAGCAGCGAUAAUACGAGACAAUUAUAUUAAUUCUGUUUCCUAUGAUUCUUUUGGUUUUGCAAUAAACUAAAAUACGUAAAAA